AUGACUUCCGACGUGAUUAAAACAACGUUCACAACUGGAGACGUCGUUAUCGUGGAGGGACCCGUUAUCACGAUAAGCACGACACGAUUGGAGCGCAGCGAAAGUGGCUUGUUAUCUCCCAACGACGUCAAACCACACAGGGACAUAGAUUGCAAUGAGUCUACAUUGGCAUUUCGACUGGUCGGUGGGCGAGGCCCGUGGGAGGGGCGGGUAGAGGUGUUCCAUGACGGUCAAUACGGAACUGUAUGUGAUGACGGGUUUGGACCAGAAGAGGCGAAAGUGUUCUGUACGAUGAUUGGUUAUAAUUCUAGCUAUUACACAUUAAGUAGAGCGGAAAACGCUGCAAAAUUUGGACCAGGUUCCGGACCUAUAUGGUUGGAUAGCGUGAACUGUUCUGGAUCCGAGAGUGACAUCUCGGAAUGUCAGUCUGACGGAUGGGGCGUCACCGACUGUGACCACGGCGAGGAUGUGGGCGUGGUGUGUCCCGGAUCUGAAGUGAAGCUCGUCGGCGGUUCCAGUGAUUCAAUAGGGCAAGUUAAUAUAGGAGUUGGCCAGCACUACCCAGUCUGCUCCGAUGGGUGGGGCCAAAAGGAAGCAACCUUUGUCUGUAGAAUGCUGGGCAAGGAACCUCAGAAUGGAAUGGCCAGAGCGAUCGCCGUACCCAGUGGAUACUUCGGCUCUUUCUAUCAACACAGAAAGAUGUUCACUGGUUUCUCAUGCAAUGGCAACGAGUCGGAUAUUAUGUUCUGUAACCACACAGAAACUUCGACCGACUGUCCGUCUAAGAAAUAUGCGGGAGUGUCCUGUAAUCCCUUGGGUUCACCACGAACGCACAUUUCUUUACAACAUGGAUACGUAAAGAUACGGGUGAACUACUACGUUAAUACCUGGACCGACUCCUCCAACGUCUACAACGACAACCUGGCUGCACUGGUGUGCAACACCCUCGGUUACACCGUCAGGUAA